AAGCCAGCCAAACUGGACACCUCGGGACCGCGUGAGGCACUCUUUGGCCAGAGCCCACCUGCUCCCCACCUCCUCCUCAGCCAGGACUUGCCUGCAGCUACCCUGCUCCAUGCCAGCCAGGACCCAAGCAGUUCUUCUGUGGGCAGAUGCCACGAUGCCACCACCAUCACCGACCUGUGUAACAGCGGCAAUAUCCCUGAGGUGGAGAUCAUCAGCUUGCUGGGGGAGCAGCUGCCCCGCUACACAUUGCGGGCAGACACGGUAUUCGGCUACGACCACGAUGACUGGUUGCACGUACCCCUGGUGCCCCCUGAGGUGCCUGCCCACCUGACACCCCAGCAGAUUGAGGAGACCCUUCAGUACUUCCUUCUCUGCUCUGAGCGGGUCAGCAGGAUCACAAAAACCUACCAUGAUAUCGAUGCAGUGACUAGCCUGCUGGAUGAGAAAGAGCGGGACCUGGAGCUGGCUGCACGCAUUGGGCAGUCUCUGCUGAAGCAUAACCAGAGCCUGACAGAGCGCAAUGAGCUCUUGGAGGAGCAGCUGGAUGUGGCCAAAGAGGAGAUUGCUCAGCUGCGGCAUGAGGUCUCUAUGCGGGAUGACCUGCUCCACAUCUACACUGAUACCACAGAGGAGAGUGAGCCUGUCUCAGUCGCAUCCAUGCCGCUGCCCCGCAGGGAGUCUUCACUGUCUCUGCAGCAGUAUUUCCAGUAUGACACCCUGCAGCAGAAGCUCAAGGUCUUGGAGGAGGAGAACCAGAAGCUGCGGUUGGAGGCCACCAACAUUGCCACAGAAACCUGUCAUUAUGAGGACCAGGAGCAGCAGCUGAUGAUUGAUUGUGUGGAGCAGUUCUCUGAAGCCAGCCGGCAGGUGGCAUUCCUCUCUGAGGAGCUGGCCCGCAAGGUGGAGGACACUGCCCGACAGCAGGAAGAGAUCAGCCAGCUCCUGGCUCAGGUGGUGGAUCUCCAGCAGAAGUGCCGUGUGCAUGGUACAGAGAUGGAGGAGCUGCAGCAGCAUCUGGCCACAGCAAAGGAGAUUCAGCAGCAGCUCCGUACUGAGUUGCAGGACCUGCAGGAGAAAUACAUGGAGUGCGGUGGGAUGCUGCAUGAAGCUCAGGAGGAGAUCAAGAGCCUGCGCAACCGCAGCAUGCCCAACAGCACCAUCAACCGCUACAGUUCAUGCAGCCUGCUGCCGAUGGACUCACUGGCAGCAGAGAUCAAGGGAACGAUGAGGAAAGGCAAUGACAGUUCAUCCUCUUCGGAGUACAAGAGUUACCUGCGGGUGUUUGAGACUGUGAAGGCCGCGAACCAGGUGUUCAAAGCCAAGUCGCGCUCUGAGUCCCCUCCGAACCUGUCUGGCUCCAAGCAGUCCUCUGUUGCCCCCUCGAUGGGGUGCAGCCGGGUCAGCACCCCUCGCACCAGCUGCUAUGGUUCAGACAGUGCCAGCCUGGGGCCAGAGGAGCGGGGCCUGGUGCUGGAGAACAUGGAGAGUGGACAAGGUGAAGGGGGUGAGGAGAAGCGCCGGGGUAUGCCAGGCACCCCAGGUAGGCAUGACCUGGAGGCAGCCCUGCAGCGCCUGUCAGCACGCCAAGAAAACCACACUUCAGAGUGCUCCUUCUUUGAGAUGGAGCGGGAGCGCAAACUGAAGAGGCUGAAAGAAGCGGAGAGUUCCAGCGGCUUCCUCACCCCCAAUGAGAGCGUCCUGUCCACUGGCACCAACUACUCGGGCAGCUCAGAGCACACUGGGGGCUCUGGCUUCUCCCUGGGCUCCCUGUCCUACCUGCCUGACAAACUGCAGAUAGUUAAGCCCUUGGAAGGCUCUGUGACACUGCAUCACUGGCAGGAGCUGGCCAAGCCGAAUCUGGGUGGGAUUCUGGACCCCCGCCCUGGUGUGCUCACCAAACACUUCCAGCAGCUGGAUGUAGACCUGGAGGAGGUCUACAACCUCAAUGACCUCGAGGAGGAUGAUGUGGACUUGGGCUCCUUCCAGGCACUUGCUACCUCAACACCUUCUAGAGCCAAGGAACACUCGAGCUUGUUCCAUUCUGUUAACAACCUCCCCCAGACCCAGUCUACAUACACCAUCACCACCUGCCACAUCCUACACCCCAGCAAUGAGAUCACCUCUGUCACGCCCAGUCUUUAUAAUACAGUGGUAUCCUCUUGUGGGCCCAUUGAGAGGCUGAUUGCUGCCAGCCCUGUUCCCCAGUGCCACCCAUUGGAACAGUCUCCCCAUGCGCUGGAACGCAUCCCUCAGGUGCUGGGUGCCCCCCUUGGACUAGUGACCCUCCUCCUGGAGCAUGGCAUUUCUGCCACUGUGCAGUCUGGGGAAACCCAGCCAGUCUGCCAGGCACCAGAGACCUCUUCUUGGCUGCCCCCCUCCUUGGCUCCUCUGAGACUGCAACGAGACAGCCUUCACAGCAGGUCUCUCCAUGGCUUUGGUUUGGCCCAGCCCUGCCUGAGCACCGCUGAGAUGGAUGAUGGUAGGGCCUCUGGGCUGAGUGGAUGCCAAAGCAGGAGCAACAUCUUCAGUCUGAACCUGGUGGAGAAGCUGAAGAGGCUUGGGUUGGACAAAGUUGUGGCUAGAGGUGAGGCCUCCUACUGGCAAGGGGCUGAGAGAAAGCAGCCUGCAAAGACUCUGACUGCCACAGCCCCGCAGUAAGCUGGUUCAUUGACUUUGCCUCCAUCUGCUGCUGCAGGGAGCUUAUGAGCUUCAGGGCUGGACAUUAUCCUAUAGGGAGCAUUGUGACUUCUGCCUGUCACAGCCACUGCUUCCCUUUGGUCUCCUAUGACUAGCCAGAACCCUUUGAAAAGCAAAUAGGAGCUGCACAUGUGGUAUGUGUAGUGAGACGGGGCAUAAUGGGGAGGUUAAUGUCUUGGCUGGCCUCAUGGGAAUGGCCUGUCCCACCAUUAUCCAUGUCUCGAGGCAGGCACAGGUCUUGCAGGUAGGCGUAAGGCUGUUGCUGCUGGUCUCUUGCAUUGCUGACUCAAGCACAUUUAAAUGCUGCAAGGUUGGUAUAAUGGGCAUCUAAGGUUUUUGCCUGGAGGGUGCAUUCCUCCACGGUAAAGGUGCAGGUCUCCUGUGUGCGUUAUCAGAAGAUGGGUGAUGCUGGAAAAAGUUUCUCUCCUUGUCUGAAGCUAGGCUCUCAGCUCUAGAGCAGAGAGCCAGACCUGGGGCCUUUUGAGCCACCCCACCCUCACUUUAGCAGGGGUACCGGUGCCCUCUGCCAACAUGAGUAAACACAGCAUGCACUCUGCCCAUAAUUGGGUCCUGGGGAUAUUGCUGCUGGUGCUACAGUCCCAGCUCAGGGAAAGCAGAUCAUUGUACCCUUCCUCUGUUACUCCCAGGACCCUUUUAAGGGAGCUGGUGCCCUGUUACCAUGUGGUUGUAAUGCAGUGUGUUCUGGUAGAGUUGACCAGUUUGUGCCUGCCUGCUGGGCAGGGAAGGAAUAGGGGAGCUAUAGUAUUUGUGCCCUAAAGGAGUAAGCCAAGCCCUUGCUAUAUUAACACUCACCUCCUCUGAGCACCAAACCCUUAGGAAUCCAGGGCCGGAUUAGGCUGCCCUUGUGCUGCCCAGCACUAGAGUAGAGCAGACCAGCUCACUUCUGCCACUUGUGGUGCUGGCAGCUCUGCUGGCUGUGCCAACCACAUUCUCAGCUCGUUGAUCAUAAAGGCCAGAUCCUGCUCUUGCCCAAGUCAAGGGAGGCAUUGACUACUGAGCAGACUCCCAGCCUGAAUGAGAAAUGGACCAGGUAUUUUUUCCAGUCAUGAACAGUGGCAUAACUGC